UUAUAAGACGUGUAACCCAAUAUACAUAAUGUACAAACGUAAUAAACGUAAUACGCGUUAUAAAAUAAGUAUUCUUCUCAUAAAUUCCCUCUUAAAAAAAGAUUUGAAGAAUACUUGAAUGGUUACGAAUCAUAAAAAAUAAAAAUUUUCAUUGUGUUUGCAUCAAAUUGUUUACAUUACAGAAAUUAUCCAGCUUUGCCACUUACGACAAUACAAUACGGCACUUAACUCUUCAGGAGUCUAUACUCUUGUGGUAGAACUUCUGCGCUUCGAAGACAAUGGAAGAUCGACGCAAACACCGAACUUUUAUAAAAAAUAAAUUUCAAAAUUUAUGGCGCGACAACUUUAAGAGACAAUGCUUGGAGCAAUUCAGACGCUCCAGAGAAACGCAAGUAAAUCAGCGUAGAUUUGGUAAAGAAAACGUUAUAUCUGAAGAGGAGUUGUUGUUUCAAAUUAUUAAAAACGAAUGGAGAAGCUUCUUACUGAAUGAAGAGAAAUUCACGGGUGACUUUGAUGCUGAUUUAGCAGCGGCAACAGAGAAAGAAUUACUUCAAGAACUCAAAAGAGAAUCAUCGAUGUAUAAUUCAAGAAGUUUAGAAGAAGAAGCGGAAUAUAUUCUACAGUUUGAGCCGGAAGAAAUAUAUCAAAACGAUUCAGUUCAAGAAGAUUCCAAUAAGCUUAUUAUUGAAAAUAUUCAGAAUUGUGAAUAUUCGCAUGGACUGUAUAAUACAUUACCGUGUUCAAACUGUUAUCAAUAUAAACUUUCCCUAGUUGAUGACCGACAUUGUUUAUUCCGGUGUUCAGGAUGUAAUAUAUACUUAACGGCAAAUUUCUAAAGCUAACGAAAUUCGGAUCAGAGUAAUGUAAUACAGGGCUUGUUCACGGUAUGUUUCAUUUGGAACUACGUAAUAUACUACUGAUAUACUUUUAUUGUAAUGUAAUUUAUCUAUCACUUGUAAGAAUUUGAUUAUUAUGAAGAAAAAUUAAUAAUUUGAAGGGUAGGAAGAAGUAUAAAGUUAGUAGGUACCACUGUACCAGAACAAUUAAUAAACUAUAGGAUUAUAAUAAUAUUCAGAUGAGAUAAUUGUAAUGAUAUUCCAACAAAAAAAAAAUAAAUAAAUAAAAACAUC